UGUUUGGGCUUGGGGGCCGCCAAGUAUGAAAUAUCUAUAAGACUAACGUAGCCAGAAAAAAAAACCAAUAAAUUCUCUAAGCUCUCCUCCUAUCUUCAUCUCCUACAAUAUCAAUCCUGCUCAUCAUGAGUCAUUACCACCAUCAUCAUCACCAGGCUCCAGAGGUAUAUCCACCACCACCCACCUCUUACCCUCCACCGCCUGCCGGCACAUAUCAAGGGUAUCCGCCUCCUCAACCCUAUCCAGCGCCACCACCCGUAGUUCACGGAUACAAUCAAGGUGGUCCAUAUGUUGUUGCACCACCAGUUGCUUACCCCAUGAAACAUGAUGGUCCUGGAUACCCCCAGCAGCAACAGCAGCCAACAAAGUCUCAUCAUAGUAGGGGUGCUGGAUUUUGGACAGGAUGUUGUUCUGCCAUGUUCUGUUGCUGCCUCUGCGACUUGUGCUGCUUGCCCUGCUCAAUCUUUUAAUUUUUUCAAGCGUUGUAACUUCAUAAUCUUCCCUUUUUCUGUCCGCUAUGUUUACUUCCAUACAGUGAGAUUGAUUCUCUUUUGUGUAAAGUUUUGCAAUAAUACAUGCAAAUUUGCUACAUGCA